UGUUUUAAUAUUUUCAUUGAUCUGGUUCUUUUUAUUGUUUUUUAAGAAUUGAAAGUGUUUUUUGAAUGGUGUUACACUACUCACGCGUUUGCUUUGUCUCCUGCUCGGACAUAUUUGACACGACACAGUUUAUAUUGCUAGCUAGUUAAGCUAGCUAGCUACCGCUUACGAGGUUCUGGAGGGGGGUGAGGGGUCCCGGCUUGUUGGUCGGUGUCUCUGGCCUGACAAUUGAGAGUGCUGUACCCCCUCUUUGUGCCCGGUUCCUGUGUCGAUUUUUUUUUGUGUUGCUGUCGACAUGCUGAAGACCCGACAGUGUUUACUUGGGAUUCGCACUUUCCUCGGGGUGACGUCCAGAAUAUGGGGCUUCAUUUUGUACAUUCUCAGGAAGCACCUACGAACGAUAAUCCAGUACCAAACAGUGCGGUAUGACACUUUACCUCUAUCGCCCAUCUCCAGAAACAGACUCAAUGCCGUGAAGAGGAAAAUUCUUGUGCUGGAUCUGGAUGAGACGCUGAUCCACUCCCAUCAUGAUGGGGUCCUUAGACCUACAGUGCGGCCGGGGACUCCACCAGAUUUCAUUCUCAAGGUGGUAAUAGAUAAACACCCAGUCAGGUUUUUUGUACAUAAAAGACCACACGUUGACUUCUUCUUAGAAGUGGUGAGUCAGUGGUAUGAGUUGGUGGUGUUCACUGCCAGUAUGGAGAUCUAUGGUUCGGCUGUGGCAGACAAGCUGGACAACAACAGGGGUAUCCUGAAACGAAGAUACUACAGACAGCACUGUACACUGGACCUGGGUAGUUAUAUAAAAGACCUGUCGGUGGUUCACAAUGACCUUUCCAGUAUAGUUAUCCUGGACAACUCACCUGGAGCCUAUCGUAGCCACCCAGACAAUGCAAUACCUAUAAAGUCAUGGUUCAGUGACCCCAGUGACACGGCACUUCUUAAUCUGUUGCCCAUGCUUGAUGCGCUAAGGUUCACUGCAGAUGUCAGGUCCGUCCUCAGUCGAAACCUUCACCAGCAUCGACUCUGGUGAUGGGUCCAUUGCGGCUCACGCUACUUCUAGCUCAAUUUUUUAAAACGCCUUCCCCGCUGGCUGCUGGCCCCCUUUCCCAGCACUGUGUUGAGGAUGCAUCUCUCCCGUUGACUCUUGGAGAGGAGGAGUGAGGAGAAGGGAAAGGACAAAGGUGAAGAUGGGGUGAGGGCAAUAGGGGAAACUGGAAACAAGUGGAGAGGCCAGUGUUUUUUUUUUCCCUUCAAAAUGGAAUCUCUGCCUUACGGUUCCCCAAUACUGAUCCUGAGUGUGUGAGUUGGAUACAUCUGUACAUGUGUGGGAGUACACCUGCAAUGUUUUUCGCUUUUCAGUAAAACAUUUUUAACUGUCAUCAAACAAAGUGAGAGAAGGCAAACCAGGAAGCCAGCCCCUGCCUCACGCCCUUUUUUCUCCAGAAACUCUAACCCCUUUUGUUUGCUUUCUGAUACUUCCUCUCAGUUCAGAGGUGUUUUAGCGGUGUCUUUUGCUCCCUCAAGCCCACCCUCUCUCUUGCUAUCUCUGUAUCCUCCCUUUUUCCAUUUUGAGUGGACGCUCCUACCCUCACAGCCCUCAGCAAACUGUCGGUGGAUUUUGAUUCACUUGAAUAACAUGAAGAGCCAUAGAGCAGCUGGAUGUGAUGAGCUGAAGCAGAACUGUGGCUAAGAAGCGGAGAUGCGGGGUCUGCUGAAGGCAGUACCCAUCAGAUUUUGGAAUAUAUUGAUUUUAU